CAGCCCCCCUCCUCUCUGAUCAACUGCUCUGCAAACAACCAUCAAUCUGAAACCCAAAGGUCUGAGAAAGUCUGUUCUCCAGUACCUGCUGCUGAUCUGCCUCAGCCAGCAAGAAGCACCAUGAAGUUGGAAUUCAUGGAGAAAAACUACAACAGCUUCGUGCUGCAGAAGCUGAACAAACAGAGGAAAUGCAAAGAGUACUGGGACAUGUCCCUGACUGUGGACCACCAUGUCUUCUUUGCACAUCGCAACGUGCUGGCUGCUGUCUCUCCACUGGUGAAGAGCCUCAUCUCCAGCAAUGACGUGCAGACCACCGAUGAGCUCUUUAUCACCAUUGACCCCAACUACCUGAGUCCGGCCACGGUGGACCAGCUCCUGGACUACUUCUACAGCGGCAGGGUGGUGAUCUCGGAGCAGAACGUGGAGGAGCUCCUUCGUGGGGCCCAAUAUUUCAACACACCACGCCUUCAAAUCCACUGUAAUGACUUCCUGAUUAAGUCCAUCUGCCAAGCAAACUGCUUGCGCUACCUCUUCUUGGCUGAGUUGUUUGAGCUCAAAGAGGUAUCAGACGUGGCCUACGCUGGCAUUCGUGACAACUUCCACUACUGGGCCAGUCCUGAGGGCUCUAUGCACUUCAUGCGCUGUCCACCUGUCAUUUUUGGCCGCCUGCUCCGAGAUGAAAACUUGCAUGUGCUCAAUGAGGACCAGGCUCUCAGUGCACUCAUCAAUUGGGUGUACUUCCGGAAGGAUGAGCGGGAGAUGUAUUUCAAGAAGUUCUUCAAUUACAUCAACCUUAAUGCUGUCUCCAACAAGACACUGAUGUUUGCCAGCAACAAGUUGAUGGGCAUGGAGAACAGCUCAACCCACACGACCCUGAUUGAGAGUGUCCUUAUGGACCGAAAACAGGAGAGGCCAUGCAGCUUGUUGCGCUACCAGCGGAAAGGGGCCCUGCUUGAUUCGGUGGUCAUUCUAGGGGGCCAGAAGGCCCAGGGCAAGUUCAAUGAUGGAGUGUUUGCCUAUAUUAUCCAGGAGAACCUGUGGUUGAAGCUGUCAGAGAUGCCCUAUCGGGCAGCAGCACUUAGCGCCACCUCUGCUGGUCGUUACAUCUACAUCUCUGGUGGCACCACUGAGCAGAUUUCAGGGCUGAAGACAGCUUGGCGGUAUGACAUGGAUGACAACUCCUGGACCAAGUUGCCAGACCUGCCAAUUGGACUUGUCUUCCACACCAUGGUGACCUGCGGGGGCACAGUGUACUCAGUGGGUGGGAGCAUUGCUCCAAGGCAGUAUGUCUCCAAUAUCUAUCGCUAUGAUGAGCGCAAGGAGGCCUGGUGUCUGGCAGGGAAGAUGAGCAUCCCUAUGGAUGGCACAGCUGUGACCACCAAGGGUGACCAGAAGCUGUACAUUGUCACUGGGCGGUGCUUGGUGAAGGGCUACAUUUCCAGGGUUGGAGUGGUGGACUGCUUUGACACCAGCACUGGGGAUGUGACCCAAUGUGUCACCUUCCCCAUUGAGUUCAACCACCGGCCCUUGCUCUCUUUCCAUCAGGACAACAUCCUCUGUGUACACAGCCACCGGCAGAGUGUGGAAAUCAACCUGCAGAAGAUAAAGGCCACCAAGACAACCACUUUGGUGCCACUCUUGCCCAAUAACUGCCCUUUGGAUGUGUCCCAUGCUAUAUGCUCCAUUGGAGACAGCAAAGUGUUUGUGUGUGGGGGUGUCACCGCAGCCAGCGAUGUCCAGACAAAGGACUACACCAUCAACCCAAACGCCUACUUGUUGGAUCAAAAGACAGGCGAGUGGAAGACCCUGGCCCCGCCACCGGAAGCACUAGACUGUCCUGCCUGCUGUCUAGCCAAACUACCUUGCAAGAUUCUUCAAAGGAUUUAAACAACUUUUUAAGGGGGAGAAUAAGUAAAUGCCUUAUUAUUCACAAUUUAGUGAGAAAAAGA